AUGAAACCUUCGAAACUUGAAAGACACUUCCAAUCAAAACAUAAGAAUUUAGCAAAUAAACCAAUUGAAUAUUUUGAAAGAAUGCGUGAUGACAUGCGAAAGCAAGUAAUUACUAUGAAAAAAAUGACAAUCGAAGAUAAAUCCUUGUUAAAGGCUUCUUAUUUGGUAGUACUUCAGAUCGCAAAAAAUAAAAAACCGUAUACGAUUGGAGAAGACCCAAUUAAGCCUUGCAUGUUACAAGCUGGUGAAGUAGUAUUGGGAAAGCAGGCUGUCAAGAAACUCAAAGAGAUUCCUAUGUCUGCUAACACUAUCAAACGCAGAAUUGAAGAAAUGGCUGAUGAUAUUGAAAAUCAAGUUAUAACAAUGAUGAAAAAUUCACCAUUUUAUUCAAUUCAACUUCACGAAUCGACGGACGUAAGUAAUAAAGUACUUCUCCUUUGUUUUGUGAGAGUUGAGUAUGGAGGAGGGCUACAGGAAGAACUUCUUUGUUCGCUCAAGAUUUUAAUAUGUUGCAUAUUAAUUUUAAUAUGGAAGCAUUGA